AUUGUUAGUAAGUGUUAUACUGCAUUGUUGCUAGGAUACAGAGCAGUAACAAUUGUUACGAGGUAUACAAAUAUUUGUGAGAAGCUCAGUUUUGUUUGUGAAUGCACGUUUAUUCUUGAGAUCUCUGCAUCAUGCGCCUAUCGAGAACUAGACAAAAAAUUCUUAAGAUUGUGGCUGGAUUUUUCUAUGGCGCUUUAUUGGGAAUUGCUUUCUACGAACUUAUCCUCGUCGACCUCCACUUCCCACCACAUAUAAGCUUCAGCCUCGGAGGAGUCCUCUGUCUGCUUCUAGGCGUAGGCAAUGCCAUUUCUAUCCAAGUCCGCUGUAUGUCGGUGCUGGCAGUGACCACGUUCUGUGGACGAACCGGUCGUCGGGUCCUGAGGGCCAUCAUCAUCGCUUAUGUUGUGGCAGGUCCGGUACAGAACAUCAUGAACAACGGGCAUGAAAUCGUUCGUACGUUCUCGUGUUCUGCGUCUUUGAAUUACAACCUGACGAAAACUCGUUUGGACUUGAUGUUUCGACCUUUAGCUGAAGGACUUCUCAACUUAAGGGCCGAUGUUAACGAGGUGAGGGACACUGUUAAGUCCGUGAAAGGAGUAAUUCUUCCUUUGGUAAAGGAAAUUGAGGGAGAAGAGGAGAUGAUAAAUGUCAGAGAACAAAACGAUUACAUCGAUGAGUUACGGGAAAACUCAAGUCGGGAGAAGGAGACAAAGAAGAGAUACGAAAGAGAAGUUAAUGAGCCUGAUACAACUGACUACGAGAAGAAGUACAAGGAACGAUUAAGAAAGGAAUGUGAAGGAAUAAUUAACAGCAGCGUUGAGAAGUGUCGGAAGUCAUUUUCAGACACUUACGAUAAGUGCUACAACGCAGUGUCGUGGGCAGCAGCGUGGCUUCUCUGUUGGCCUAUGAAGGUUACGUUCGUAUGUGACAUUGUGGGAGCCAUGGGUGGAAAAAAGCUCUGUGACGCAAGCGACGUUGUGGAACCUGGCUUCGGAGAACAAUACGCGCUCCUGAAACGAUCAAGUACCACACUAGAUAAGGGAUUCAAAGGGGUCGUUCUUCAGUAUAAGAUCCCACAUAUAACAAAUCCGCCGAACGUGCAGCAAGCAGCUGACGCGGCGAAAGCAGUGGUUAUGGAAUUCGAGAGGAAGAAAGUCAUUGUUGAAUCCAUACUGGCGAUAAUAAACGGGUUUCUGGCGUUCAUUUUCGUGAGGAUCAUAUUUGGGGUGCAAGAGUACCACAACAAUUAUGUAUCGAAUAUUCAGUUCGACAACGUCUACAUCACGCAUUACUUCCGGCGGAUUGAUGCUCGGCGUCACAAGGCUGGGAAGCACACGCUAUUGCCGCUAAAGAAGGUGGAGAGAGGAGCCCUAAUUAAUCCUUACGCUACUCUGCCUACGUCACGGGAAUGCACUCAAGUGAUUUACCAGUCUAUGAAGCUGAUCCUAGAGAUGGUAACAGCUACUACAAUCAUACUUCUAGACUACAUGCUGUAUGAGACACUGGAUCUAGUAAGGCGACAUGCCUACAUAGAAUAUACACAAGAAGGGUCUCAUGAUCUAACACUGAUAGUGAGAGGAACAGGAUUUAUUGCCAACACGGUGAGAUCUCUUCUCGGUGGAUUCAACAUUAGGGAAAGGGUGAAAGCCACCUACAGCAAUAAAGCUUGCCUUCCCCAACCUACGAUGCUGGGAAAUUACUAUUACUACAAGAUUUAUGGCACGUACCUCGGCAUAUGGUUGCUUAUUCUAACAGAUGCAUACACCCAAAGAAUUCGAAGAGCAAUCUGUGCAUACUUCUACCCAAAGAGAGAAAAGAGAAGGGUGCUGUUCCUAUACAAUGAAACACUAAAACAACGCAUAGGUCUCUUCAAGUUUAUGAAAGCUAGAGUGAAACGUCUGGCCAGAGAACAUAGACUUGAGGUGCAAACUAAUGUUCUCCUUGUGCUACGAGAGCGUUUAACAAAAUGCUGCAGUUGGUUGAAAUAUUUUGCAGCUGCACGACACAAGUGUUUAAUCUGUGGAGAACGCGAGCCAAGGAAACCUAGGACAACAGGCAAUUUUGUUUCUUGCCCCAAUCCCAAAUGUAGUUUUGUUUAUUGCUCUGAAUGUUGGAAGGGUGUGGACCAAAUAUGUUACGCAUGUACCUCUUCUGAUCAGAGAAGUGAUGAUGAUGAUGAUGAUGAUGAUGUUUAUGACAUAAGUGAGGAUAAAUAAGCAACCUAUGUAUGACCCAUGGGUCAAUUGAUGACAUCACCAUGAAGAGGAACAGAUGUAUAAUGAAUGACAAAUGUACGCAACUCAAAUGUGACAAUAUGAUUUUGUAUCAUGUGGUGACAUGAUUCUAUUUUCAUAACAAAUACUAAACAAUCAUUUAUGACAGUCAUACCUAAAUAGACAACACUUUUAAUAAAAUCAGGAAUAAAAUUAUGGGCAUUUCUGAAGUGAUGUGUCUGCGCUGAGUAACGAGUAAAACACUUUGGAGAUGGCUGUCUGCUGCCUUCGUCGUCAAGGCAAUGAUAAUGGAGGCAGCAGGUUACCCACUAUAAAGACACCUAGCUUUAAUUAUCAACAAGAAAAUUGCUUCCACCAUCCAUCUUAUCUCACACAGGCUGUAAAUAUUGUAAGGAUCAGAUUAAUUACAAAUUCUUAGUGCAAGGUGAUAAGCACUGCACACACACUUUUCUAUUCAUUUCAAAAACACUGUCUUGUUUAAAAUUGUUAUGCAGCUAAAACUGUAUUCUAAGUAUCAAACUAACUAGAUGGCUUAGGGAACCCAAAGGAACAUCACUGAAUUAACCAAAGCCCUCAA